AUGGCUUCAGCAAUUAUAAACGAGAAGUCGGACGAUCUAAAAAACUCGUGGGUGGAACUUUCUUGUGAUGAACAUGCUAAGGAAGGAGUUGAAGCAGGCAACAUAAACCUGACAGUUACAUGCACAGACAGCAUGGAAAAACUGCUGUUUGAUGCCCAGCGUGAAUCGGCUACUCCUUCAAGACCAAACAGCAACGAAUCCUCACACAGGGGCAGCCCUAAAAGUCCUGCAAGCCCAAGCACAGAGUGGCCAAAUGAAGAAUGGCGUUCUAAACAGGAUCUUGAUACAGACCUGGUAUGGGAUUGGUCAAGUCGUCCAGAAGUUCAACAGUCAUUUGACAAGUUGAGAGAAAAAUUUCGACACUCUGGCAGCAAGCUAAGCAACAUCCCUGUUUGUUCACGAAAUGCUCCAGUCACAAAGAAAACACAGCUGUUCUCGUGGGCUAACCUGCCUAAUUUGUUCCUCACACAUGCUUGUACAUUCUUUCUGGGUGCAGCAGUUGUCUUCAUAUACUUGAGAAAGUACUAUGGCUUAAAUGGUAUAGUUCAGGUAGCUUUGGACUGA